AUGGAAGCAAAAUUUUCAAUUCAAUCCGAGCCACUUCAAUGGUUUUAUCUGGGCGAAAUGGAAACAGAGACGAAUGCUAAUCGUCUCAUUGUUGCGAUCAAACUUAUGCUAUAUGAUGGUGCUGAUGUUGAUUUCAGAAAAACCAACAAUGGCCGAUAUAAAUUUCAAAUAAAAGCUAACCAAGGCAAUUUUGAAACUUCUACAGAUAUUAUUGUUGAAGUCCUGACGUUUGCUACCAAAGGAACGUCUUAUUCUCUGGGAGUAACAUCAAUUUCUGAUGUGACUAGAACAUUAAUAACGGGUGAAUUUACCACACCGGAACUUCCGACUGAUUCAGAGAAUUAUACCGUUACAGACUCCGCGGAUAUUUCUGAAAAUGGACCCGGAAUUACUGCGAUCAUACCGAAUCUGGAACAAAUAGAUACGGUUACUGCUCACAGUACCUGGAAUAUUAAAAUAACGCAAGCCGAAUCUGAAAAGGAUACUUUAGGAACUACAGUUGAAACACUCGACGAAAAAUUGGCUAAUCCUCAAGAACAAAAAACAGCAGGAUUCGUUUCACCAUCCGAACUCCACCGUAUUACUGUACCACAAAACUGGCAAGCUGUUGCAAGACUGUCAUCACUUCCGGAUGAACCUUCUGCACAUAAAAAUUUCGCGGGAACUUCCCAGUCUAGCAUUCAUGAUACUGAAGCAAUAAUUAAUAGUGCAACAGAAGAAGGAUCAAGAUCUUUCUUUUUAAGAGUUAAAGAAAUAGCAACACAGCAGCCAGAAUCAGUGACCAAAGCAAGUCCAUCCUCAGUCAGUGUUCCCUUAUUUCGGAAGUCAUUCGACCAGCCUUCCAGAAAAGUCCCGGGAAACUGGACAAAUUUUCCACUUGAAGAAAUUUUGAAUAAAAAGCACACUAUGGACAAGUCUGAACCAUUACAGGAGUCUGGAAUUAUUCCAGUAACACUUCCAGAGAAUUUCCGAAAUUAUGGUUCUACGCACUCUGAUAUUGAUAAUUUGGAUGCCAGCCAUUACGUUUCAGUUUCAUCUGAAAGUGGAACAUUUAUAAAUACAGAAAUUCAUAGAAAUGCAUUAACGACAGAAAUGGAUGAUAAAGAAUUCAAAAACAGCGAAUUCAACGAAAACAAUGAUAAUUUUUCCUCACACAGCCAAGAACAACUACCGGUAGAUAAUAAAUCGAUAACGACGGUUAUUUUAUCAGUCCAAAAUGCCAACAAUUUAUUCCCAAAUAUUUCAGUAGAAAAUAGAAAAAGCUUGCAAGAUAAGUUUGGUGCCCCCCUCAUGUCACUGACAACAUUACCUGUAUCGGGGAAUGGUGAUAACAUUGAUAACAUCCACUGGAACAAACAAUUCGAGGAAAACUUCGAAAAAUUUGCUUCAAACUUUGAAACGAGAGCGGAUAUGCAACGCAACUAUACUAUUACUACAAAACCAACAGACUUGACGAUACAUGAACUAAGUACUAAUAAGGAUGUUAAUAACGAUGAUACGAGGUACACCGAUAAUGAUAUGAACACUAGUGAUGAAACUAAUCGUCAUACUUCCACACAUACCAAUACUGCUACCUGGAAAGAUUAUACUGAUAAUAUUAGUACCAUUGCUAAUAAUGUUGAUACGAUUGUUGCUUCAAGUGAUGCUAUAAAAACAUCUGAAAGUACAAAUGCUGCUAUUCUUCAACUAACAUCGAUCACCUUAACAGAUACGAUUCAUAUGAAUUCAGAUUACGAAAUGAGUGAAAGUUGGAAUCGGAGUGAUGAUGGAAAUUUUGGAACAGAUAAAUCACAAUGGAUUCAACUGACCACGCAACAGACAAAUAGUGAUAAAGUGACAGCUACAGUUGUAUCACAUCCGGAAACAGCUCAGAAAGAAACCGAAGCUAAAAGAAAAUGGUCUGAAAAGGAUGAUAGCCUAGAAAACAGUUUUAGAAUCAAUAAGAUGGAAUCGCAAGAGAAAAUGAUAGAUGUGAAGUUCAAAACCAACGACGGUGAUAAAUAUGUUUUACCUAACGAAUUUCGGGAUUCUGACAUUUUACCUGAUCUUGAUAUCAUCAUUACCGCCAAUAACAUGGAUCCUAAUGAUGUAAUUAUGGUCUCAGUAAAUUCUUCUGCAUUGGAAAUUAUUCCGCGUCGUAUGCAACCGGGAAAAACAGUUUUUCUUGCUGUUCGUGAUGCUGAGAAACUUGAUCGUGAUCUUUUGGAUGGUUCUGUUGUUGUCAAGGUGACAGCAUCUCAACGAACACGUCCGUCAGUAGCAUCAUCAAAAGUGAUUAGCAUUAUGAGAGAUGAAAAUUUAAGCAAUGAACCACCAGCAUUUUUGUUUCCUGAAUAUGAUUUUCAUAUAAGUGAAGGCAGCAUAACAGGACAAAAAGUUGGCCAGAUGGAAGUUGCAUUCAUGGAUCGCCGUGAACAUGCAACUGUCACUUAUCAGCUGAUUGGUCCCGGCAGUGAACUAUUUGCGGUAAAUGGUGGUACGGUAAGCGUUUCAUGUCCAAGUGUCCUAUCAUGCCUAGAUCGUGAGCAAAUUACUACAUAUCACCUUCUUGCUAUCCUCACUGACCGCAAUGGUUUAAAUUCGAUCCCUGCAAUCGUAAGAAUUCAUAUCGAUGACUGGAAUGACAAUGGUCCAAUUCUAGAAACAUUACAAAAUGAAAUUACGGUAUCAAAUGGCCGUCUUACAAAACCCUUUGUUGUAAAGGUAAAAGAUAAAGAUGUAGCACCAUAUAAUAUCAAUGAAAUAAGCAUAGAUGGUACGGCAUCAGCAUUUAUUUCGCUGGAAAAAGUGCAUGAUGAUAUUUACUAUGGACGACUUUGGUCUUUACCAGCAGAAGGGAUUUAUCAACUGAACAUUACCGCCCGUGAUCCGGAUGGAAAUAUUCCGGAACAAAAAAUUACCGUUAAUGUACAAGUACUAAAUACUGUAACAAAAGUUCAUUUCAAACGAGCUAAAUAUGAAAGGACUGUUAACACCGAAAAACUGUUUAAAGGUAAUCCCAUCCUGCAACCGGAACUGGAAAGUGCUCCACUCGAUACACUGCGGUUUAUCCUUUUAAGAAAUGACCCUGGUUGGCUGUCUGUGGAUGAAUACACUGGAAAUGUUAUUGUUGGCGAUGUUCCACAAACCGGUAUUGUAAGCGGGAAAUACAGUACAUCUAUCGCAGCAGUGAAUCGUACUGAUGGGAGACUUAUUACGGAAUCCGUUCUUGUUCUCACCGUAAUCAACGACAAUCAUGUGACGAAAUUGUUUGCCAAGAAACUUAUUGUCAAGACCAUACGUAAAGAUCCAACAGCAAGUCGUCAAACAGUAGAAAUACUCCCGGAACAUAAUAAAGCAUCAAUAAUGAUCGUACGAGAUAGUAUCAGUGCUGCUGAUGAGCAGCUUCACUACACUCACCUCGAUAAGAAUGCAAUAUCAAAUAGUUACGGUAUGAUAAUAAUGGAUAUGAAGCGAUUACAACAGAUAAGAAUGUUGCAAUUCAAUUUAUCCUCAAAAGAAGAUACUAAUGAUUCUGCUAAGGUGAUGUUGUUUCUCAGUUCGGAGCCAAUUGAGAUGGAACAUGAACGUAAACGACAAUCACAGCCAAGAUUUGGCCAUCCAUGGAGAAGUGAUAUGAACAUCAUUCCGAUCAAAUUAGCUGAAAAUUCACCAGAAGGUUACACGAUCACUUCAUUACCAGCUUACAAUCCAAUGAAUGGAAUCAAAGUUAUAGAUCUUAGACUUGCAGGCGAAAUGGCUCAACAUUUCACAGUGGAUGGAAGAAGUGGAGAUGUUCACGUUGUGACACCUUUUGAUUUUGAAACGAUGGAACCGGAAUCACAUAUAUUUGACUUGUUGUUGAUCGCAGGUGAAGAACCAUAUGAUACCGUAGCAGUGCUAAGAGUUGAAAUUAUUGAUGUUGAUGACAAUCCACCAAAAAUAGCCAAGUUUGGUGAUUAUAACUUCGAGAAUCUGACAGUUGCGGAAAAUUCACGGCCUGGAACGGUGCUUUUUGAAGUUCAAAUAUCGGAUCCGGAUUAUUUGUAUGGUAAAACAGGCGUCUUCACUUAUGCAUUAAGUGGUAAUGCUGCAGCUAAUUUCCAAGUUAAAAAGGUAAAUGAUACUGUGGCUGUCAUCGUUUCUCCUGCUGCUGAUUUGGAUCGAGAAAAAAUUGAGGAAAUGGUUGUUUUACUGAAAGUUACCGAUUCUGGUGGUAACAGCGAUAGCAUCGCGGCAAUGAUUACGGUAAUAGAUGUAAAUGACAAUGCACCCGUUUUCAUUCAUAACGAAUAUAAAACUGAAGCAGUCGAAAACUGGCCUGAAGCAAUGGUAUUAACUUAUGUGCAUGCUGAAGAUAAAGAUAAAGGCCCAAAUGCAGAUAUACGAUACUCUCUGUCACCAAAAAAUAAUCAGUACUUUGAAAUUGAUCCAAUAAGUGGAUUGAUACGCGCCAAGAAAGCAUUGAUUGGCUUAGCACGAGCACAUCCGUACGACUUCUCAGUUAUAGCUAGUGAUCAAGGUAUACCACCGUUAUCAGCCAGUGCAGCUGUUAGCAUUCAUGUACUCGAAUCUACUUCAUUAAGUCAUGCUGGUGAUGACAAGGGUAUACAUAUUGUAUCACCAUCCGUUCAUUUCACUUUGCAACUUGAUGAGAAUACUCCAGCUAAUGAUCGCGUUUAUUCAGUUCGAGCUAAAAUUGGUGGUUUUAAUGAGCUGUUUGGCCGAGAAAUUAAGUACUCAAUAACGCCAGUGGAUAAUGCAACGGAUGGUGGAUGGUUUACAAUUGAUACGAAUAGUGGAGAUCUGUUUACAUUGCAAGAAUUAGACCACGAACUUCAACCUGCAAUAACUGUUAGUUCAUUAUAA